AUGGCUUAUAGCAAAAUCGACCUCAAGAAGGAAACUUCUGACUUCCAAGAACAAGUUGCCCUGAUCGAAAAGUGGUGGGCCGAACCAAGAUGGGCCAAGACCAAGCGUAUCUACACCGCGGAGGACAUUGCUCGCCGUAGAGGUACCUUGAAGAUCGACUACCCAUCUUCCCAACAGUCAGAUAAGUUGUUCGGCUUGUUGAAAGACCACGACGCGGCUAAGACUGCCUCCUUCACCUUCGGCGCCUUGGACGCGAUCCACGUGGCGCAGAUGGCCAAGUACUUAGACUCUGUCUACGUUUCCGGGUGGCAGUGUUCCUCCACCGCCUCGACCUCUAACGAGCCAUCUCCAGAUUUGGCUGAUUACCCAAUGGACACCGUUCCAAACAAGGUCGAGCAGUUGUGGUUCGCCCAGUUGUUCCACGACAGAAAGCAGCGCGAAGAGAGAUUGUCCUUGUCUCCUGAAGAACGUGCCAAGCUCCCAUACACCGACUUUCUCCGUCCAAUCGUCGCCGAUGCCGACACUGGUCACGGUGGGUUGACCGCCGUUGUCAAGUUGACCAAGAUGUUCAUCGAGAGAGGUGCUGCCGGUAUCCACAUCGAAGAUCAGGCUCCAGGUACCAAGAAGUGUGGCCACAUGGCCGGUAAGGUCUUGGUUCCAGUCCAGGAACACAUCAACCGUCUUGUUGCUAUCAGAGCCUCUGCUGAUAUGUGUGGUUCUAACUUGCUCGCUGUUGCCCGUACCGACUCCGAAGCUGCCACCUUGAUCACCUCCACCAUUGACCACCGUGACCACUACUUUGUCAUUGGUUCCACCAACCCAGAUAUCGAAGCCUUGUCCGACAUCAUGUACGAGGCCGAGAUGAACGGUGCCAGCGGUCCAGAAUUGGCCGCCAUUGAAGCCGAAUGGUCGGCCAAGGCUGGCUUGAAGUUGUACUCUGAGGCCGUUGUCGACGCUAUCAAGGCCGGUAGCUACUCUAACAAGGAAGCCUUGAUCAAAAAGUUCACCUCCGCCGUCACUCCAUUGUCCGAGCUCUCCCACAAGGAAUCCAAGAAGAUUGCCCGUGAGAUUUUGGGUAAGGACAUCUACUUCAACUGGGACUCUCCACGUGCCAGAGAAGGGUACUACCGUUACCAGGGUGGUACCCAGUGCGCUAUCAUGAGAGGUAGAGCCUACGCUCCAUACGCCGACUUGAUCUGGAUGGAGUCCAAGUUGCCAGACUACAAGCAGGCUGAAGAGUUUGCCGUCGGUGUCAAGGCCAAGUGGCCACAGCAGUGGUUGGCCUACAACUUGUCUCCAUCUUUCAACUGGAGCAGAGCUAUGUCUACGGACGAGCAGGAGACCUACAUCCUGAGAUUGGGUAAGUUAGGGUACGUCUGGCAGUUCAUCACCUUGGCCGGGUUGCACACCACUGCGUUGGCCGUGGACAACUUCGCUCGUGACUACGCCAAGCAGGGUAUGAAGGCCUACGGUGCCAACAUCCAGGAGAAGGAAAUCGAAAGUGGUGUUGAGGUGGUCAAGCACCAGAAGUGGUCCGGUGCCGAAUUCAUUGACGGGAUCUUGAAAUUGUGUACCGGUGGCUUGACCUCUACGGCCGCUAUGGGUGCUGGUGUCACCGAAGACCAGUUCAAGCACUAG